AUGCCAGAGGAUUCAACUACAAUCCCCCAGAAGACGGGAACCGGUGAUGACGCUAAGAUAAUGGAGCCGGUAAAGGAAGAUAUCACCGAAAAGCCUACGACAAGCGAACCUGAGGCGGAGCAAGAUACGGUUACAGAAACUGUUGAUCCAAAGGUCGACAAUGAUGAAGAGGAACUUCCUCCAGCAUUGCCCCAAAGAAAAGCCAAAUCUGCGAGCUCCGAGACCCACGAUGGGAGUGCCGAUAGAAACCCUAUCUUUGAACAGCUGAAAGAAGCGUUCCCAAACAUGGAGAGCAAGUUCAUCAAAGCAGUCAUAAUAGCUUCUCAGGGUGCUCUUGAUCCAGCUUUCAAUGCGCUGCUGUAUCUGUCGGACCCCGAAUCCGGUAAGGACAUAGAACUGCCCAAGGAGCCCAUCGCAGUCGGGACCCCGCAGUUGCCGGCGAGAAGGCAGCAAAGUCAACUGGAGCAGGACGAGAUACUAGCACGUCAGCUUGACGAGCAGUACAACAGGACGCAACAACGGACCCAUCGCUCAAGGGGCUCCGACGCCGAGCGCCAAGCUCACAGACAAAGGCUGAGAGAUCGUCAAAGAAGAAAGAACCACCCGCUCAGUCCCGAAGAGCAGCGGGAGCUUGAAGCAGCUGACGAAGACUCCUGGACCCAAUUCAUGGAAAAGGAUCUGCCUGUGUUGAGGGAGAGGGCCAAUCGGUCCAUCCAGGACACUGCUACCAAGCUGAACGGUUGGAUCAGCGGAAUCAGGAGGAAUCUUGUUGGCGAGGGUUCUCAGGAGGCACAGAAUCCUCAUCAGGCUGGCGACUACUACGAUGAUCCAUACUCUCAACAGCGGGACGAGGAAUUUUUUGAUGAGAAAACGCCAAAGAAGCCCGAGAGACGCAGAUUCAACUCCUUUGGUGCUCAAAUCCAGGACGAUUCGUUGGAGAGCCACGGCAUCACACUUCAAAGUGAUGAUCUGAAUGAUGACGCGGACGAAGAGGAUGAUAUCCCGCCCCAAUUGGGAAGCCCGAAGAUCCAGAAGGAUUCCGCGGGCCACAAAACCGGAGCUGAAGAGAAAGUCGUUGCCCAAACAACCUACAUCGACACCCCAGAUAAUGCCACCAGAAAGAAGUGGCAGCCUGUCCCUCCAGAGCCGUUGAACGAAACUCCAACAAAGACUGCUCCAGAGCGCGACCAGCCAAAGAAAGCUACCAAGAACGCAGAUGAAGAUGAGUUCUUGAUAAACAGCGAGGAUGAAAUGUGA